AUGGGUGUGGUGAGUACUUCACUCAGAAGUAUUCAGCUCUCGCCCCAUUCGCUCACCUCAUGUUUGUCGUUGCUGCUCAUCGCUCUAGUUCAGAAUGCGCGUUGGCCGACGCGCUGGCAUCCGAGCUUCGCACCGAAUCGCUCUGUAACUUGGACGACCAUACUUUGCGCAUCCCUCAUCAGCACCAUCGAAGAGAUGCUCAGCUUUCCUGAGGUCUCGAAUUGAUGCACAUGUUACUCGACCCACAUCGCCGCACCCUGAACACCCCUUUCGACCAGUGACGAUUUCCUCCGCCACCCCCACAUUGUUCACUCGCGUCGUCAACGUCAGCCAAUCACACGAAUGCAGUCACUCGCCGUCACAUCUCUUUCUUGAUCGAAUCGAAGAGUCUCAGCGACGCGGCAAGCUCGGGAGUUGUCGGAACAUCUGUUGCUCGACUCGGCGAAUAUUUGACCGAUGCCCAUCCGCACCCAUCACCGACCUUCAAUCCGAUCCACCGGUCGACCGACCGAACCGACAAACCUUUGAAGCUCGGUCUCCCCCUGCCCGUGCCCAUCUCAUCACCACGACGUGCGAAGUAACAAUCUGCUCGCCCCUUGCGACGGCCGCCUCGACCACCUCGACCAUCAACCUUCCAUCGCACUCGUGCUCGAUCGCCAUGGAUUCACUGUCAUCAACUGACCUACUCACCGUGAGCGCCAACCCCACGAUCGCCCCAUUCUCGACUCAUCUGGCAAGUUCACCUAUCGCCACGCUUGACCUCAGCUCGUCUUGA